AUGAAUGUGACAUUAUUACUAUUAACUUUAGUUUUCUCGUUGGUAAACGCAGAUUGCGGGGGAGAAUUCAAAAUCAUAUGCUAUUUUUCAUCGUGGACUGGCAUUCAUCCAGAAGCAAAGAAUUGCACACAUAUUGUUUACACAUUCGCUCGAGUUGAAGAUGAUAAUACACUCACUGGAGUAUGGAAUAAUCCGUUGAAAGAGUUUAAGAAUAAUAAGGAUCCGGAUUUGAAAGUCAUGUUGGCGGUCGGCGGGCAAGAUUAUGUGAUUCGACGAGCGAAUGAGAUGAUGUCGAAAGAUGAAUUUCGGCAAAAAUUUGUUAUUUCAACUACGAAAUUAUUGCGAACACAUGACUUUGAUGGAAUUGAUUUGAAUUUUGAACCAAGUGAAGCAUUAGGACCGCCAUCAUCACCCAAUCCACAAGUUAUCGAAGAUAAAAAACGAUUUACCGUACUCUGUAAAGAUUUGCAAGAAGAAUAUGCCGAAGAGGCAGCAAGAACUGGUCGAACACGUUUAUUACUGACAGUUACGAUCUCCGGAGUGAAAAAACAACUGGAAUCACGUUUUGAAUUAGACGAACUUGCAAAAUGUGCUGAUUGGCUUAACGUUCAAACAUAUGAUUAUCGUGGUUCGCGUGAUAAAGUUGCUGAACAUCAUAGUGCAUUAAUGCCGGCUGCUAGUGCUACAGAUGAAGAUAAAGAUUUAAAUCAAGAUUCAGCGAUAAAAUACAUUGUCGGAACGGGAAUUGAGCCGUCAAAACUAACACUUGGAUUACCAACGUUUGGAAAAAAAUUUCGUUUAACAAGUGAUUUGCAUGAUCUUGGCAGUCCUGCGUCGAGUGUUGGCAGUGUCCCUUAUACAGAACUUUGCCGAAAUACCAAUUCUGGUUGGCAACGUGUUUUUCUCGAUGAUCGAAAAGUUCCAAUCAUGACUAAAGGCGAUGAAGUCAUUGGCUACGACGAUCUUCAAAGUAUGGAACUCAAAAUCAACUAUGCCAAAGAACAACGUCUCGGCGGUAUUGUAAUCUUUCCCGUUAAUUUCGACGAUAGCGCUGGUCAAUUGUGUAAUCAUGGAAAAUUUCCAAUUGUUUCUCUCGUUAAAGAAUUAACAUCGAACUAUACUGUCUCAUGUGCGCCAUUAACAACACCACCAUUGAACACAACAACCGCGGCACGGAAUCGUACGAAAAACAUCACACCGAAAUGGAAAAUACCUCGCACUGAUUAUUUCGGUCCCAAUAUAGGACCAUAUCGAUACCAUCGCCGAGUAAACAAUUCUGCUCAUAUACUCAACUCAAUCUAUAUAAUUCCAUGUGUUUUAUUUCAAAUUUUCUUUCUUAUUGUAUAA